AUGGACGCAGGAGUCGUGGAAGUCGCUUUCAUACAGCUGCAAGCUCAGUACAACGCACAGAAGCUCCAAGAUAUCAUCAAGAGAACACAGCAGAUACAAGCUCAAUGGAUACGCCAACACCAGCCAAAGGUUCUUGAGGGAAAGCCUUACGACUAUACAACAGACGCAUGGAUUGACGAACUAUCGUCAUAUCUGCUCCUAACAGCUCCAUGGGAAUCCGUGGAUGGACACAACGAAUGGAUCCAAAGCCAAGAGAACAUCUCUGUGAUGCAAGGGCUCAAGCAGUUCAUCUGCCAAGAUGAGGGUGCCGUGGAUCUGUAUCACUUGACGCCUGUGGGGGAAAACAACGAAUUUCGGGGCGAUAUUCUUGCUCGAGGGCCGGUAAAGGUCUGGAAGAUAUCAGUGAAGCCAGAACAAAAAGCAAAGCUCCAGGAGGAAUAUCGUGCCAUUGAGACCAGAUCCUCUACAGAGCCGAACCAAAGGAUGUGGGCGGGAUGGAAGGUAGAAAACGAGAACACUGAAGAUCUGGUCAUCCUCGCAUCUCCAGGCUUCGAAGAGGUGGUAGAGUCGGGCAUUGCAGUCAGAUUCGAUGAAGCCAAGGUCUCUCGCUUCGAACACAAGCCCUUUUUGCAUUAG